UGUCUGAAGGAGCGAGUCGGACCUUCAGCGUCCCGCCGCGCGACCUGUGAAGGAAUCCGUGAAUGAACCCCUGAGAGGCGGAAAGCGGACCGAGUUGGACAUGAAACCUGGGAGUCAAGAAGAAGUGGACACUGAGGCAAUGAGACACUGAGGCAAUGAGGCACUGAGGCACCGAGACUCUGAGGCAAUGAGACACUAAGGUACUGAGGCAAUAAGGCACAGCAUGUUAACGGGUUUGGAAUUUGGUGAGUAAUUGGUUUCUCCUUCACUCCUCUUCCAUGACAAACCGGAACGAACCACCUCCACCGUGUGCCAGCCAAAUGUGCGAGGGAACGGUUCGAUCCCGAGACGCCUCUGCACUACCUGGCGGUGCCGUGUAUGGACAGCUUCCUCCCAAAUGAAGUUGAUUGGGAGGUGAGUGGGCUCAGCUGUCCAUGAUGAGAUGCCACCAGCUGGGUCCCUCUUCUUCAACUGCACCCUGCGUCUCUGCAGCCUUCGACUUCUUCAGUUGUUCACUCUGAGACAUGAAAAGAAGAGAGAACGGAAAGAAAGGAAAGAAAGAGACGAGCUUUCUGAUUCUGGCAUUCCUGAGUGCGCUGAAUGCUGACCCGAGAUAUUGUCUCCAAGGACAACGUUGUAACACUAAGAUGAAGCCACAAUGGACGACCUUAAUUCCGUAGACUUCUCCUUCACCUAGCGACGCCGGUGGGUUCUUCAUCGAUUAUCGGUUCAUCGCACUGUCACUUUCGGUCUCCCUCACUCAUACAUGAGUGUGAGGAUCUGCCCUGAGGACAUCACUACCAGCUAGUGACCAGACGGUAGAAGUGCAGCUAUUUAAAGAUGGGGGCUCAAGCAGGACCACUGAUGGGUGUCUUCAGCUCUACCACUGCCUCAGUGGACAUCAGUGGCUGGAUGACCUGGCCUGGGAACACCACCGUAAGCCUGAACCAGAGCCUGUUCUGGACCGACCCCAGCACCAACUUGUCCUCCACUUCGUCUUCCAGUCAUGGUAUAGCCAGGCAAGCCAUCAAAGAGAAGAACUGGCCAGCGCUUCUUAUACUCAUCAUCAUCCUGCUUACCAUAGGAGGGAACAUUCUCGUUAUUAUGGCCGUGUCGCUGGAGAAGAAGCUGCAGAAUGCAACUAAUUUCUUCCUGCGGUCUUUGGCUGUAGCAGACAUGUUGGUGGGCAUCCUAGUAAUGCCCAUCUCCCUUAUCAACAUCCUGUAUGACUAUGUGUGGCCACUUCCUGAAGCUCUGUGCCCGAUCUGGAUCUACCUAGAUGUGCUUUUCUCCACGGCCUCAAUCAUGCACCUGUGUGCCAUCUCUCUGGACCGCUACGUGGCUAUCUGCAACCCCAUCCAACAUAGCCGCUUCAACUCACGCACCAAAGCCAUGCUGAAAAUCGCCGCCGUCUGGACCAUCUCUAUAGGUAUCUCCACUCCUAUUCCCGUGAUCGGGCUCCGUAACACAGAUAAAGUCUUUGUAAACGGAAGCUGUAUGCUGAACGAGGAGCGUUUUGUGUUGGUCGGCUCCUUCGUGGCCUUCUUCAUCCCUCUUGUCAUCAUGGUGGUCACAUACUGCUUAACCGUCCAAGCCCUUCAGCGCCAAGCCUCUGUCUUCCUCUAUGAGGCUAAAGCCUCUUCCCAGCAGCCCUUGCAGCCAUCAGCCCCGUCUUCGUCUCAGUUGGCUCCGCCCCCUGUCUCCUCCCGCCGAAGCAGCCUGAACUGUCUGCGGAUGGGGAAUUCACUGACCCCAUCAACACCUGACAGCAUCUCUAUGGUGGCUGGCUCAGAGGCGCCAUCUCAGCUCAGCUCUCCAGCCGUAUCCCACGGCCGUCGUGGCAUGAUGCAGGCCAUCAAAAAUGAGAGGCGGGCCUCCAAGGUUCUGGGUGUAGUGUUCUUCCUCUUCCUGCUCAUGUGGUGCCCUUUCUUCAUUACCAACGUGUUGUCUGUGCUGUGUCGUGGCGCAUGCAAUGAUCCCCUGCUCUCCGACCUGCUCAAUGUGUUUGUGUGGGUGGGCUACAUCUCAUCGGGUGUGAACCCUCUGGUAUACACUCUCUUCAAUAAGACCUACAGGCGUGCCUUCUCCAGCUAUAUGCGCUGCCGGUACAGCGGAGUCCGACUCAAGCCUGUGGCUAUCCAUGUGCCAUGCCCAUCUCAAGCCGCCGUCACACCACUUCUAAUUUGCGUAGACGUUGACCGGAACAGUAACUGCCGCAACGGAGACGGUAACACACUUCAGAAACUGGAGAUGCCCGAUAUUGACACUCAUCUUGGGAUAGAGAUGCAAACUGGAGUGUCGGCGCUAUCCGUCAACAGCUGUCAUACACUGGCAGAGCACACCAGCAGUGUUUGAUUCACUAAAGGCGGAGCUGUUCUCUGUAGCAUGACCACCAGGAUCAGCUCUGUGUGUUUGUGUACUUGUUUUUUACUCAAGGAAGCACCACCCCAAUGGAACCCACACCAGCACUGGGGCUGGAAAUCACCACACUGUAGAAUGUACGCUGGCGGAGCACGAGGGGGAUAAUUUACAGCAUCAGGGACUAACCUGGUUCAAUGCAUUAAGACAAUCUAGGACAUUCUGCACUGUGUGGGAAUUGAAUCUGAAGUUUAAAAAAAAAUCUAUAUGAUGAUGUGUUUGAACAGGUUCAGAUAUCUGAAUGCCAUAAAGUGUUGCAUGGCUUAAUCUAGUUUUUUUUUCAAUAAAACAAUACAGAACAGUGUGAAUAAGCAACGUGGCUUCCAAAGAGAGAGCUCCAGCUCCCUCGUGUGGUUCUUUAUGAAAAUGACAGAUGGCUUCUGAGAUGCAGGAAUAAGGAGGCUGACCUACAUUCACCCCCAAUCAGGUGUUAAAUUAUGUACACCAAGUCCAUCAAAUCUUGGGAUAAAUGAAGUUUCCAUUACAUACAUUACAUAUGUUUGUUUCCAUGUACCUUUCAAGCAUUGGUGGGUAACAGCCUAGGACUAUCUAUGCAUAAUAAUCAAUGCAUUUUGGAAUAGCAGGAUCUGGAAUGUUUUAUUUCAUAUAACCCGACAGAUUAGAAGAGAAAAGGCUUAACAAAGUCCUCAGAUCAUCUUAUAACCCAAAAAACCCACCUGUAAUUGUGUAUCCAUGUCAAAUCUGUAGAAUGGAAUGCAGUUACAAUCUUAAACACCAUUUCUAAUCAAGGCAUGCAGUGUGUUGACUAUCUAAAGGUUUGAGACGUGGUUUAGAUGUAAGAUCAUGUGAAAGGUUACUUCCUAAAUCAUCGAAGGUUACCUCCUCAAUCGGUGCAAGAAGUUGGAGAAUUUUCUCUUGAAUGUACUGUAAAUGUCAGUUAUCUAGUGGUAUUGGCGAUGAAGUGCGAACACUCAGCAGAACUACACAGGAUGCAUGAUUUCUGCUGCAGGUCGAUGAAAAGCCACAUCUCAAACAGCAAAACCUAAUCUGUCAGAUCCAAACCAUAUGUUCAGAGGAGUUAUAAUUGUGUGUUGUUGUGUAAAAUGCUGUAAAUGCUUGUUGUUUUGUAAGUGUGUAGAAUUUUAGUACUCGGUAUAUAUUAAAGACCCUUCAUUCAAACUGCCAUUUUAUACCAAAACCUGUGAAUGUUUGUUCAAAUCACUUCUCAAUCAUUUACACAACCUUUUUUUGUGAUGCUGCUAUUUAUUUAAUAAACUUCCAUGAUCAUU